AUGGCGGAGAAAAAUGAGACAACCCACGAUGAUCAGAAUGAAAAUGAGAAGACCCAAAAUUGCAAUGGGGAUGAUGGUCAUGACAGUGAGAGUGAGAGUGAGAGUGAGAAUCAGAGCGAGAACACCCACAUAGACCAAGAAACCGAUGACGAAGAUGAAAGCACUUCUUCUGUUGAAAUGAAGCGCAAAAAGAAGGAGGCUUUGUUGGGACUCCGGUGCAAGGUGGAAGACGCGAUUCGUGGGAAUUAUCUUAUGGGGGGGAGAGCAGGGAAAAACCAGCUUUUAGCGAAAGAAAGAGAACAACUUGAAGAUAUCACCCUUUGGGGCGUGCCUUUAUUGCCGACCAAAGGCCACGCAGGGACAGACGACGUGCUUUUAAAAUUCUUAAGAGCCAAAGACUUGAAGGUUUCCGAGGCUUUCGAGAUGCUCCAGAAGACGCUGAGAUGGCGGAGGGAAUACCAGACGGACAUGAUUCUUGAAGAGAAGUUGGGGUCUCAUCAUCUUGAAAAUGUUGUGUGCAUGAAAAGCAGAGACAGGGUGGGUCGCCCUGUUUGUUACGUUAAGUAUGGGGCUUUCAAGGACAGGGAAUUUUACAGGAAAAUAUAUGGGACGGAAGAGAAAUGCAACAAGUUUGUAAGGUGGAGAAUACAGUGCAUGGAGAAGUGUAUCGAGGAGAUGAGCUUCGAGAGUGGAGGUGUCAACUCAAUUGUGCAGAUUUCAGAUUUAAAUAACUCCCCACGCCAAAAAGUGAAAGAGCUUCGUUACGUUAGGAAAAAAACUAUGAUGCUGCUUCAUGACAAUUAUCCUGAGCUCAUUCACAAAUUUAUUAUUAUAAAUGUGCCAUUCUGGUACCGAGCAUCCCAUUUGCUGCUCUCCCGGUUCUUCAGUCCGAGAAUGAAGAAAAAAUUCGUCUUUGCCAAACCAUCAGAAGUUACAAAGACCCUAAUCAAGUUUAUUGCCCCAGAAAAUCUUCCAGUCCAAUAUGGUGGUCUCAUGAGAGAGAACGAUGCUGACUUCACUCCCGCAGAGAAGGCUUCAGAGCUUAUCAUCAAAGGAAAGUCAACUGGGUUUAUCGAGUUUCCAGUCACUGAGGCCGGGGUGACAAUGGUGUGGGACAUAACAGUGGUCGGAUGGGAUGUGUCGUUGAAGGAGCAGUUCAUUCCAAACGAUGAAGGGUCGUACAAGAUCUUGAUCAGAAACCAGAAGAAAAUGGGAGAGAGUGUUAGAAAUUCCUUCUACAUUUGUGAAACUGGGAGAGUUGUAAUAACCAUUCACAACGACACCUUCAAGAAGAGGAGGGUUCUGUAUAGAUCUAAAGCCAAACCCACACUCCCCAUUUACCACUCCUCCCCAUGUCUCUCUUCUUAA